UCAGCCAUUCAAAAGGGAAAAAGAAGGAUAAAAGAGCGCGAAAACCCUAGCUUAUAGUCUCUACUAGCUACGGCAUGUCAAUUCCACCGGAAUCUCCCUCUGAACAUAACGAAGAAGCACCGGAACAAGAAUUUCAGAGCAGUACUCAUCACCCUCCUGCUCCUUCCGGUGAGCUAUUUGAUAUAACAACCACAGUUGAUCCUGCUUAUAUAAUAUCUUUGAUCCGGAAGCUCCUACCAGAAAAAAAUGUGAAGCAUGGAGAGAGAAGCAAGAUAACCACAUCUUCUCCACCUGAGAAUGAAGAAGGCCAGAGUUGGUCUAUUGAUGAGUCUGAAAAUAUGAAGAAUGUUGAAACUUUUGUCAAACAAUCAGUAGAUGACAAGUUCUAUUGUCAAAAUGAGCGUGAGGAUGUGGCAGUAGGAGAAGAGGCUUGGGAAGAGUUUGGCUGUAUUUUAUGGGAUCUAGCAGCUAGUAAAACUCACGCUGAAUUCAUGGUUGAAAACUUUGCUCUUGAAGUGCUUUUGGCGACUCUGAUGGUCUCAAAAUCUGUUCGGAUUACUGAAAUUAACCUUGGUAUUAUUGGGAACCUAGCUUGCCAUGAUGUCUCACGGAAAAAAAUCACUACUACAGAUGGUCUGAUUGGAGCAGUACUGCAACAAUUGUUUCUAGAUGACACAGCAUGUCUCUGUGAAGCAUGCCGGCUGAUAACUUUAUUUCUUCCAAGCAACGAAAGUGGUUUUUUGGCAGAAGCACUGCAACCUGAACAUAUUUUAUGUCGUAUUUUAUGGAUUGUAGAGAACACUUUGAACAUUCAGCUUCUUGAGAAGAGCAUUAAUCUUCUCUUAGCAAUAGCAGAAAGUAAGCAGGAUGUGGUUGCAAUACUGCUACCACCGCUGAUAAAAUUAGGUCUCCCACGGAGUCUGGUUGAUCUCCUAUCUGUUGAGAUAAGCAAGUUAACCCCUGAAGAAAGAUCACCUGAAAGGUAUUCCAUUCUAGAUUCGAUUCUCCAGACUGUUGAAGCGCUUUCAGUCAUUGAUGAUUAUUCACAAGAAAUCUGCUCAAACAAGGAACUCUUCCAACUACUUGUUCAAUUGAUCAAGCAUCCAGAUAAAGCUGAGGGUCUACUUGGUGUGUUUCCUUUUGCUUCUGAUGAUAUUGAAGCACGGAGUGCAAUUUGGAGCAUUCUUGCAAGGUUGCUGGUGCGAAUUCAAAAAACUGAUCCGUCAAAUCUGCACCAGCAUGUCUCAGUUCUCACAAGCAAGUCAGAGGUGGUUGAGGAUGAACUUCUUAUCUACAAUGUUGAUGAUUCCAGCGAAGACCAUAGAAGUUCCACCAAAUUAACAGCAAGAACAUUUGCUCUAAACGGAAUUGUUGAAAUUUUAAGUCGAUGGAAAACCCUCGACGACCACAUGAAGGGAGCCCUUUCUAUGGAGGGAUGCUAUGUGAAUGAAGGAGAUGUUGAUAAAAUGUUGCACUAUUGUUGCAAAUACACCAAGUAAGAUUUUUUCUAUUUUUUCUCUGGUUACCAUCCUAUAUGGAAUUCAGACAUGCUUGAGAAUUCUCAUUCCUGUUUGGUGUUUGGCGAUUUGACUGUAUUUGGUUUCAGAUCCAUCUAUUGUUCCACUUACUGAUUCAUAAAUGAAUUCAGAAUUAUCUUUGCUCUAUAUCUUUUUUUCAUGGUUGUUAGAUACUACUGUAUAUGAAAAGAGAAAUGUUUGCUAAGCUGCUAAUACAAUCUUCAUUUCAAAGUAAAUGACACAGGUAUACUGCGGGAGGAGAACUCAUGAAA